AUGAGUUAUGGAUCACGCAGUGUCCAACACGAAGAUCUCGUCUCACUGGCUCGCAAAGUAAAGUCGUGUGGAGACGCCAAAGAGCUCUCCCAGGCCAAAAAACUCCACUCUCGCAUUCGCAAAGGAGGGCAGAUCCACAACACGUACAUCUCCAAUCUCCUCAUCGAGAUGUACGGCAAAUGUGGGAGCUUGGAUCACGCCUUACGCGUGUUCGAAUCCCUGCCGUCUCCCAAUCUAUAUUCCUGGAAUAUCAUCAUCGAGGCAUAUGCCAGGAAUGGGCAUCUUGAAGAAGCAAGGGCACUGUUCCAAAAGAUACCACAAAGGGAGGUAGUAACGUGGAAUGCCAUACUUAAAGCAUAUUCGCAGACAAGGGAUAUAAACAAAGUUGAGGAGAUUUUUAAUUGCAUGCCUGAAAGGAACGUGCAGACGUGGACGACAGUGCUUUCGGCAUAUGCUACAACAGGGAAUCUUGAGGAGUCUAGCUCCUUGUUUGCGAAUAUGCCUGAGAGGACACUGGUAUCUUGGAACGCCCUCUUGCAGGCCUACGCACAGCACGGGCAUUUGGUAGAGGCACGUCGCAUGUUCGAGUCGAUGCCAGAGAGAAGCGUGGUGACGUGGACAACGAUGCUGGUGGCAUAUGCCGAGACAGGGCAUCUGCAAGAAUCUCAGCGGCUCUUUGAGAGAAUGGACGAUCGCGAUGUUGUUGCUUGGAACGCACUUUUAACUGCGAAUCUCAAGAAUGGCUGCCUGGAUCACGCAAUAGAAGUGUUCUACCGAAUGCCGGAGAGAGAUCUCACGUCUUGGAAUUUGAUGAUCGCCGCUUAUGCGCAGCGUGGUUACUUAAAGGAUGCUUUGCGGCUGUUUAACAAGAUGCCGCAGAGGAAUCUGGUAUCUUGGACGUGCAUGGUGGAGGCAUAUGCUCAAAACGGAAGCUUGUCAAAAGCAAAGGAGGUUUUUGACGGCAUCAAGGAGCCGGAUCUUUGUGCUUGGAACACGUUAAUUCAGGCAUACGCUCGGCUUGGGCAUAUCCAAGAAUGUACCACUUUGUUUGAUAAGAUGGUGGAGCGGGAUUUAGUAACUUGGACAAGCAUAGUGGGUUGCUAUGCCGAGUACGGACACUUCGAGCAAGCAAAAGGCCUGUUUGAUUGCAUGCCACAGUACGACAUUGUUUCGUGGAACACUAUGAUUGCGGCUUAUGCCCAGCAAGGCUAUGUUUCUGAAACUAAAAGCUUGUUUGAUGAGCUUAGAUGGAAAGACUCGGUUACAUGGAAUUCUAUAGUCGCAUCGUGUGGUAAGUCUGGAAUUCUUAGUGCUGCUAGCAGAUGCUUCCAAUCCAUGCCUCUGAGAAACACGGUGUCGUGGAAUGCAAUGAUCCAAGCAUAUGCCCAGAAUGGGCACUUUGUAAGAGCUCUGGAAACGUUUAGCGAGAUGCAGUGCGAGGGCUUGAGACCCGAUGAGGUCUCAUUCUCGAGCGUUCUCGCGGCUUGCAGCAGGCUGGGCUCCGUGGAGACAAUCAAGCGAUACUUCUCCGCGAUGAUCUUGGAGCACAACAUAAUGCCGGGGAUCCACCACUACCACUGCGUGAUGGACGCUCUUGGGCGAUCGGGGCUCGUCGCAAAGGCCCAGGAACUUCUCAAAGACAUGCCAUUCCCGGCACAGGACGCCGGCUCCACGAUCCUGCUGAGCGCUUUCAGGACUCACGGACGACCGACGAGCGCCAAGGUGGGAGGCUUUGACUCGCAAGAUUCGGCCCCAUAUGUGCUAUUGUCCAGCAUAUGA